UGUAGAUAGCUCGUUCGCUGUGAUCAUCGUGUCGCAAUCGAAAAAAGGCAGAACCUUGAACGAAGAACGCGUUCGAAGGUGCAGUUUGGCGUGUGCAUGUUCUUAUCGCACCUUCACCCUUCGUGUCUCGUGAGCGUUGAGGCGGAAAACGUGACGUGUUUUGCCCACGUACAUACUGCGGGACCCAUCGCAAGCGCGGCGCAAGGCUAGUGUUGGAAUGCAAGGCUCCAGUACAGGUGCUUUCGUCACUGAUGCAACAGCGCUCCGUGUUCGGGGAGUUUGUGUAUCCGUGUGUGUGUCAGCAGUUUAAUCGAACCAUCGUCAUCGGGCAAGUUCCUCCACAGUAGACGGAGUCGGAGAAUUGCCUUCAUCCGGGUAGGCAAAGUCCAACAGCGCAGUGAACCUUUAAAAAAUAAUAACGGGAAUGACUGAUGGAAUGACUCCCCAAGCUGCCGCCGCCACCAUCGUCGUACCGUCGUAGAGCAACACGAUAAUGAUAAGCCGCAGUGCGGACCGAGCCAGAAAUUGUAUUUGCUUUCAGUCGUGUGCCAGCCGCGUGUAGGGACAGAUUACGCGCUAGUCAUCCAUCCAUCGUCAUCCACACCAAACAGAAUGGAGCAACAGCAGGAAGCAGAUUUUUCGAUUCCGCUGACUAGGGGAGACUCCGCCGCAACAGAGGAGCAACAGAGCUUGAUGCUUUUCGACACGCUGAUCGAUCUGUGCCGCAACAAUAUCAGCUUCUUCGAGUGUGAUGAAACGGAAACCGGUUUGCGGCUGCAUGGCGCUUUUGUUGGAUUAAUCGAUCACAUCGAGAUGGCCAAACCGCUCGUCCGAACGGUGCAGAGCUUCAUGCACGAGUAUGAUUUCGAUCCCACCGUACCGGGCAAUGGGUUCCGCAGCUUCCUGUCCGUCGUCGAGUGUUGCGUGAAGACGGCCCUUAAACUGGCACGUUAUGUGAUGGAAAAUCGUAGCACGAUCCUGUUCCGCAAGGCACUGUACGUGAAGGAGGUCGAAGCGUACAACCAUCUGAUGGCCAGUCUCUGCACCUGUCUGCAGCACGCGCAAACCCUGCGCGAAUGGACCCGCGAAUCGGGCGAUCUGUUCCCGGACGAAUCGCACUCGGUGGAGGAACUGUUUGCCCACGGGGGCAUCAUCAAUCAGUACUGCUUCUACGGGCGCUGUCUUGGGUUUCAGUUCUGCGAUUCGAUUAAACCGCUGCUGAAGUUCAUAUCGAUCGGAAUGGCCGGAUUUUCCGAGGGUUACUACUCGGAGGGUGGUCGAAUAUCGAAAGCCACCAGCUUGAUGUACACGAGCACCAAGUACAUGCUCGAUCCGGAACUGCGCGCUCGGAGAAUCGUGAACAUUUCCCAAAACUCAAACGUUGACUUCUGCAAGGCGUUUUGGUUUUUGGCCGAAUCGGAGAUGAUGCACUCGCUGCCAUCGUUCGUGGGCUUUAAGGUGAAGGUUAACAGGGUAAUAACGAUCCCACCGGAACCGAUACAGCUGAAACUGAGCUCCGGCAGAACGGAGCAACGAAACGGAUCGCCUUCGAGCGAAAAGGCGGACAUCUUUGUGGACAUCCCCAUUCCGAAGAGUCACGGCGGGGCGGCAUCGAUCAAGGCACGGCUUAUAUCGGCCGUCAAGCGAAAGGGCAUGAUCGGCGAGCGAAGUAACUCACAGCGCAGCACCAUCUACCCGGCCUCCCGUGGGCUGCUGUUCCACUGUCACGGUGGUGGCUUUGUGGCACAGAGCUCCAAAUCUCACGAAUCGUACCUGCGCGAAUGGGCCGUCACACUGAACGUACCCAUCCUGUCGAUCGAUUACAGUCUAGCACCGGAGGCUCCGUUCCCGCGCGCACUGGAGGAAGUGUUUUACGCGUACUGUUGGGCGUUGCGUAACUGCGAGCUACUGGGCACGACCGGUGAACGGAUUAUACUGGCCGGAGAUUCAGCCGGCGCCAACCUUAAUCUGGGCUGUGCGAUGAAAGCGAUCGAGCUUGGCAUUCGGCGUCCGGAUGGAAUCUUUAUCGCGUACUGUCCGGUACUGAUCAGCUUCGUACCGAGCCCGGCGCGGAUGCUUUGCCUGAUGGAUCCAUUGCUUCCGUUCGGGUUUAUGAUGCGCUGUCUGAAAGCAUACGCCUGUCCGAGCUUGGAAGUGUUGGAGGAAAACCGGAAGCGUCACGAACAGCGGCAAGCGAUCAUAAAUGCUGGACAGCAAUUGCGCAACAAUAACGUGCCUGUAAUGGUGCCAACCGGUAGCGACAGGAAGGACGAGCAGGAUAAAACACCAGACCGGUCCGAUUCUGGGGAUGAUAAUUCGAUGUGGGAACAGCUAAACAGUGCCAACACUGUACAGCUUCAGAAUCAACAUCUUAGCCCCGUAAGCGAUACGGCUAGCGAUACGCUAGCGCUGAAAAGUCAAUCCCUGGGAAAUACUAUCGACAUCAUCAGUCCUGACGAGAGCAACACCAUCACAUCGCUGGAGGAAGACUCGCAGCCCAUCACGCUGCAGCAGGUCAAUUUGAACACGGAACGGAGCAAUGUGACCGUGGUGGAUGAUUUAGACAUGGAUAUGCCGAGCGACAUUAGCUCGGAGCAAAACACAAACCAAAACGUGUCGAACUUCAUCAAUAGCUACGUCCUCGACACGACCACCAAUGCCGCCGGAGAGCUGGAACCGAUCCUGCGUCCCGUGUCUCGUUCGCAAUCGGAAGAAAACAUCGUGCUGGAUAUUGGUAGGGAAGCGCUUAGCGUACAGAAUCUACAGGAACGUGUGACCACGGCAGCUAGUAACUUUGUGAGCAAGAUGUCAAACACGUUGACCAGCAUAACAGCCUCGAAGCCGAUCGCUGCCAGUGGCUCACAGAACGAACUGCAGUCGAAUCUAGAUGCGUUGAUCGCUCGCAGCCCGUCCGAUGAGUUCAUCUUUCACGUUCCAAAGGAUUCCCACCUAUCGCCGUACUGGGCUACCGAUGAAGUGUUGAGUCAAUUUCCACCAACAAAGAUUUUAACUGUCGUUCUGGAUCCCUGUCUGGAUGACUGUGUGAUGUUUGCCAAAAGACUGAAGAGCUUAAACCGAUCCGUUUCGCUUGAUAUUCUACCCGGGUUGCCGCAUGGCUUCUUGAAUUUCGCCACUAUCUCCAAAGAAGCACACGAAGGUUCGAAGCAGUGCGUGCAACGCAUUGCCGAGCUGCUGGAAAUACCGACCACGCUAGACGAUCCGGGCACGAAGCAGGGUUGCUGUUAGCGUAAAUGUUGGUAACGCCGCUGCUGUUAAGAAAACAUGUUUGUUUUUGGCAGUGGCUAACGAUAUUGUGUGUUGACUGAUAACAUUCUGCUCAGCCAAAUUUGGAACAAACCAAACAAAAAAAACCAAAAUUCACAGCUCAAGAAGAGGCUCGAGAUAUUAUCGGAAGUAAAUGCGGCAGAAAUGCCCAAAUCGUCCAGUCAGUAGCCAUCGGAAAACGAGUGGACCCAAAACGUAACUGUGAAGAAAUACCAAGUUAAUCUACACAUGAACAAACUAUUAGCCGUUAAAAACAGCGUCCUUUUUGAAGCUUUUUUGUAGCGAAAAAGCAAACCGAUUGGCCUUUUUGUCCCACGUUGCAUUGUGUUUUACUGCGAUGCGCGGCUAUUAUUAGUGCACCUUUUUGCAUACUCAGCACCAGGCAGAACCGCCGAUACUGAACCACUUUAAACCCAAACAGAGGCCGUCUUAACCGCGCUGAAUUUAUUGUCUGCCUUGUCUUUGCGCUUUAAGAAAAUUUUGCCCGAUAUUUCGUACAAAACAAAAACGCAUUUGCCAUCUAUUUGCCGCUUACUACAUUGAUGCGUACGAUUGAUAUUAUACAGUUGUUUUGUACCUAUAACAUCACACGGUUGUACAAGGGCAUACGUUUAAAGAACCAAAAAGAACCACCGAUCCCGGUGCUUGGGUAGGUUUAAGAUCAAAUCUGUUCGGUAUUGCGUUAAGAAUCUCAUUUUCGUCAUUACUACACUAUUGUACUCUCCGUAUGCAUGCUGAUGUGCAUCAUGAACAAACAUUGAACGAUCGGUUGAUCAUAAUUAUUGUAACAAAAGCAAAGAAAUAGCCCCCAAAACAAAGUAACUUAGUGUGUUAGGAUAGAGCAUAAGCAUAAACCAGUACGCAAACACCCGUGUGUGCGAAAACUCACCCGUUAUCUUGUUGUUACCAAGUUGCAAAAGUUAGUAAUCGAAUAGUACAGUAUUGCAAGACAGAAUCCGCAAGAACCGAAAACACAGUCAAUCAUCAUAUCCAUCAUAUUCGUUUCGUUUCUUCUUACGCGAUCAUGAGAUGGCGAUAGGUUUUGUUGCAAAGACUGGAUUUUUCCGUGUUACCCCGUACCUUGCGUAUAUGAAUGGAAAUUCACAUUAAACAAUCACUAUUUUGCUCGUAUUAAGAUAAGGAAGCGGAAAGUCGUUCAGUUCCCCUGUGUGAGCAUUCUACGCGCGCAAUCACACAACACGCGAAGAUCGUCAAGCUGUAGGCGAAGAAUUCUAGUGCGACCGUACGGAAAGCGAUGUGUUACUAUUAAUCUACUUCUUAUAAAAAUAAUCUUUUUUCUUCUACGAACAUGAUGUGUGUAUUUCAAACAUUUUCAAUUUUAUACCAUUUCUCGGGAGUAGGAGGAUAACACAGCAACACAACUGUUAUAACAAAGGCGCAAAUGUCUCAAUUUAAACGGAUUGUAUGGAAAAGGUACCUACAUUUUGUGCGAAAUAUAUAUAUUUAAUGUAUUUUCUUAACGGCAAAUCAAGGAAUGGUUAAUGCACAUUGAUUUGUGACGGGAAAGGAUCCGGUCAGCUGGUUCAGGAUUAUAUCACCGAGUAUUGUUCGAAUGAACCAGGGGAGCGUAA